UUAGUGAAAAUAUCAGGUACUUAAUUGAAAUCCAUGUUAUGAAUUAAAUUUUAUUUCAAGAGAGAAAUAAAUAAAUAAUCGUGACAUAACCUCAAUUAAAUUUGCAUGCGAUCCAAAACGUCAAUAAUAAACAUAUUUAUAACCAAGAAAUAUUUUUAGAGUAAAUUGAUUUAUUUUAAUCAUAUUUCAGUUUUCAAAAUGAAUGAAAAAAAAAGAAAAAAAGGAUCAACAUCUGGAGAAGAAAUGUUUGCAGCUGUAAAUUUAGUAUUAACUGAUGGCUUAAGUAUUAAUGAAGUUUCAAGAAGAACUGGAAUUGGUAAAACAACUUUACAACGAUAUGUAACAAAAAAGAAAAAUUGUAAAAAUAAUUGCGAUAUAAGUUAUACACCAAAUUAUGAUGUGAAAAAAGUAUUUUCAACAAAAGAUGAAUUUAUAUUGGCUGAAUAUUUAAAACAAUGUGAUUCAAUGAAUUUUGAAUUAAAUGGUAUUGGAAUGAGAAAAAUGGCAUUUCAAUUUGCUAAAAUAAAUAAAAUAAUAAUGCCACCAUCGUGGAAAAUUCACAAAAUGGCAGGAAGUGAAUGGCUAAGAUUAUUUUUAAAACGUCAACAUCUUAAUAUUAAAAAAUUGCCAAAAAUUAAUUCAACAUCACAAAAAAUGACUCCAUUUAAUAAUCGUAAUAUUAAAAAAUUUUAUGACAAUUUAAUGGAAACGUUAAUUAAUUAUUCAACAAUAAAUGAGAGUGAAGGAGAGAAAAUUUUAAAUUUUAAUAAUAAAACAAAUUCAUCUGCAUCAAAUUAUGAACAAUCUGUGAAAGAAGAUUUAAAUAUUGUCAAAGUUGAAAUUCCAAAUGAAUGGGACUUAUUGUUGGAAGUUACUAAGGAUUCAUCAGCAAGCGUUGAUUCAAAUGAACAAAUUAAAAAUGAGGAUAUAAACAUUUGGAAUGAAAAUAUCGAAGUAAAAAUUGAAAAUUCAUUUCAAUUAGAAGAAAAAAAUGAUGAUGAUUUAGAGAAAAAAAAAGAAUUUGCUCUUUCUAUGGUUAAUUCAUUGUUGGAAACAUUUGAUGAACUUCCAAUUGAUUCCAUAGAUUCUUUGAUGUCAGAAGAAAUUGAAGAAAAAUUAAAUGUUUUAGUUGAUAAAUUGAAAUUUCUUUUUAUUAAAAAUAAUACGACUAGAAAAAAUAAAUCUUUGCAGAGAUGAUAAAAAUCAAUUUUU